CCUCCCCCGGGCCAACCCCACGCCAUUACUCCCGUCCAACGCUAGUCCAAGCUCCACACGAUUUCCCCAACCGGAGACUCGGACAGACAGGGUCGCCCAGAUCGGAGCAUAUGGCGGCGGCAGCGGGAGCGGCGACCCGGCCGGCGCUGGUGGUUGGUGCGCUCGUGGCGGCGCUGAUGAUGCUGUGCGCGGAGGCGGUGUGGCUCGACCUGCCGCCCACGGGGACCAAGUGCGUCUCCGAGGAGAUCCAGCCCAACGUGGUGGUGGUCGCGGACUACAUGCUCAUGUACGAGGCCCACGCCACCGCCCAUCCCACCGUCGCCGUCAAGGUUACCUCACCAUAUGGCAAUACUGUACAUCAGAAAGAAAAUGCCACAGUGGGCCAAUUUGCAUUUACAACUUCAGAAGCUGGAAACUACCUUGCUUGCUUCUGGCUAGACAGCGCAGAGAAAGGAUCAGGAGUAUCUCUGAAUCUUGAUUGGAAGAUAGGGAUUGCGACAAAGGACUGGGACUCUGUUGCCAAGAAGGAGAAAAUUGAGGGUGUUGAAUUAGAGCUCGCGAAACUUGAAGCUGCAGUGGAAUCCAUUCAUCAUAACUUAUUAUAUCUCAAAGCAAGGGAAGUGGAGAUGCGGGAAGUGAGUGAGAAAACAAAUUCUAGGGUUGCGUGGUUCAGCAUCUUGUCUCUGGGCGUGUGCGUUGUGGUCUCCGCUCUGCAGUUAUGGCAUUUGCAAGGCUUCUUCCAGAAGAAGAAGCUCAUCUGAGUUCACUCGUUUCACCAUGUACUCCUGUGUUGUUAACUACCUUAGCAAGAGGACAGUUUUGUCGUAUUUAUUUCGACAAACUCAUGUGGUGGACAAAAAAGUUCCCUGGUACAAGAUACAUGAUUUCAAUAGCAAGCAGUUCCUUGGUGGUUGGUGCUUGAUACAUGAUAUUAUGUGCAAUAGAAAUAUUUUCAAAUCUACUA